AUUAGGGAACAUGGCAACAUUCAGACAAAAUAAAGGCCAAAACAACGACAUGAAGACGCACAACAUGGCAGGUUCUCCGAUUGUGACCCCCAACUCCACCCGGGAUAAGUCCAGCCGUUUCUAUGUGGUGUCGUGGAUCAACAGGCUGCUCAAAACAGACUACAAAAAUGUGCAAGAGAUGGGAACAGGUGCAUGCCAGUGUCAGAUGAUGGACUGCACUUUUCCUGGCUCCAUUGACAUGGCUAAGGUGAAGUUUGAUGCACAGAGUAAAGAAGACUAUAGGCACAAUUUCAGUCUUCUUCAGGACGCCUUCAACUUGAAGGGUGUUAAAAAGAACAUCCCAGUUGAUGGGCUCAUAGAGGGAGAUUUCAAAACCUGCUAUGAGUUCAUGAAGUGGUUAAAACUUUUUUACACAGAAAAUACAAAAAAUAAUGAAUCUACUCCUGUGAAAGCAGCAGUUUGUGACAGCGAGGAGAUAACUCCAGUUUCACCAUCUUCAGGGAACUCAGACAUGGAAACAAACGGCACUGCAAGGACAACUAAAACGUUUCCGUACACUGAAAAGUGGAAGGAGGAAUACGGUUGGGCCGAUCCCAGCUCCCUGGGAGAGCAGCACACCUACUGCUCCAUCUGCCACACCAACCUGGCUUCGUACAGGAGGGGCGCUGUGGAGCUGCAGCGGCACAUGGAAACAAACAAACACCAAAAGAGGGCAAAGGAUUUCCAAAUGUGUCAAAAUAAAACCGAAGUCGCCGAGCGAUUCCCCUGCAGCGACGCGGCCGUCCGCUUCAUUUUCAACCGCUGCUACACCGGGUCUGCUAAAGGCGAGCAGGUCUCCAGACAUUUUGCGCUCUGCAAACUGGGGCUGAAGUACCCCAAAGACCUCGUCGCUGUUAGCAACCACACUCCUUACUGUGUUUAUGUUUACGAAGCGCUGGCAGCUGGAAACGACGACACUGUCGCAGUCGUUCUGUUGGGCUUUUUCGACUCUGAGUCCUCUGGUCACCGCAUCCGUCUUCUGGACGCCGUUGAGUCGGCGGACGGAGCCGGAGACCAAACAGCAGCGGCGGUGGUGCAGGCCUUGAAAAGACUCGAGCUUUCCACCGAUAACCUCGCUGUUUGUUACCCCGGUGGCGGCGAAGCUUCGGAGCAAAUCUGCUCACAUCUCAGGGAGCUGAACCCGAACAUAAUAGCCUUAGGAGGCCUGUACGCUAUUGCUGAUGCCGCGUAUCACGCUGGGGUUCAGGAGCUCCCCAGUCAGAUCCAGGAGCUACUGGUCGACUUGUAUGCUCACUACUCCUCUUGCUCUACGAAGAACGACAACCUGAAGGCUCUCUUUGGCUCAGAUAUCACUAAAAACAGGAAGCCAUUUUACCUCAGCAUCAGCUGCCUUAGAUUCCACCAGCUGGUCACCAAAUUGACAGAAAUCUGGAGCGAUUUGAUACUUUACUUCAGUUCCUGUCCUGAGGAUGAUGAAAAAGCCAAGUCAUUGUGUUCCCAGCUGAAGAAUCCCAAAGUCAAGGCGACGUUUAUGUCGCUGGACUACGCAUUAAAGCCACUGGAAAAAUUUCAAAAGCAAAUUCAGGAGUUGUCCUGGGCUAAGAUGCCACUCAUCCUGGAAGAAGCCAGCAUGUUGCUUAGCACGUACACAUCUCGCUUCCUUCAGCCCAAUGCCGCCGCUCGCUACCUCAUUGAACACAAUGCUCAAAUCCUGAAAAACAAGAAGCACCACCUCUCACGCCCGGACCUCAAUCUGGGCGGUAAAGACAUGGAAGAUUUCCUGAAAACAGAGGAAGCUGCAGAGGUUUUGCCACAGCUACAAGAAGAGCUGCUGCUGUUUUAUGUUGCAGCAACAUGCUGCAUCGCAGAGGAGUUGCCAUUAAGCGACACGGUGCUAAGAAACAUUGCUCAGCUGCUAAACCCAGAGAGCAGCCUGAAGGUUACCGAUGCAGCUGUGGAGGAGCUUGGGAGGAAGCUGGGAGUCUGCAGCUCCCCUGAGGAGGUCAGGCAGCUCAAACAGGAGUUCAGGGAGUAUCGGCAGGCGGAGGAGGAGAGGAGUAACCAGGGAGUGAAUGGAGGCACACUGGAGAAUCACUGGGCGAGGGUACUUGAAGGCACAAAGCCCACCUCAGUGUUCAGGAAGCUGGUUCUGACCCUGCUGUCAUUCCCAUGUCCUCCACUGGACGCUCAACAUGUUUUAUCCCAGGCUUUAGACAACAACGAUGUUACACCGUUUUCUGAGAGUGAUACCGUCACAGAAAGCGAAAGUGAGGUCACACCUGACCGUGUUCUCACUAACGGCAGCAAAAAAGACCUCCACCUUUACACCGCCGCUUUGAAUGGCUUCGAUUUAAAGCCUUGUGAAGUCCGCCUUAUCAAAAUAAACGAUUGUGAUGGUUUGAUGAAUGGCUCUCUGUCACAUGAGGGAGUUUGGAGGGGAGGUCAUGGCUGGGAGAGCAGCUUACGCCAGAAACCACAGGCCCGAAAAGUCUUUCAGGCUGGUGUUGGUACCUGGUCCAAACCCAUUGGCCUAAUUAAAGGCCGCAAAAGUGUGGACUCCAUAGAUGAAGAGCUUGAAGGAAUCUCACCGUCCAGUAAAAACACUCCAUCCAAAGGUCAAUACCAGGAUGGGAAAGGAUUCUCUGUGGGGGAGCUGGUGUGGGGGAAACUAACUGGGAUGUCCAUGUGGCCUGGACUGGUGGUGCCGUGGAAAUCCAAACACACGCCUCCAGGCAUGCGAAGGGUGGAGUGGUUUGGCGAUGGGAUGUUUUCAGAGGUCAGCACAGAGAGGCUGAAGCCAUUUAGUUUCUUCACUUUGUGCUUCUGCAAAAACUCCUUCGCCAGUCUGCCAGUCUAUAAGGACGCCAUCUACCAGAUCUGUGAGUUGGCAGCUGAACGAUGUGGGAAGUCUUUUUCUAAGGCAGAAGGUGAUAAAGAGCGAGAGCUGAAGAUGAUGGUGGAUUGGGCUUCUGAAGGAUUUCUGCCUACAGGAGCCAAGGGAUUUGCACCUCUUGAAGAAUCCUCUCCAAAUCAAGAUCCUAGCGACUCUCCUUCCUCCGACUAUCAACCUCCACCAAAACGAAAAUAUGUCUGUAAAAACAGGGCAGCAGCCCCCAACGCCCCCUACAAUAGAGAAUCACUGAAAGAAAAGGUGAAAGAAAGAGGCAAAACAAUUGAAGAUUUCUGCUUGUCUUGUGCAUCAUCUGAGAUCAAUGUCCAACAUCCCCUGUUUGAAGGUGGUCUUUGUCUAAGAUGCAAGGAGAACUUCACAGAGACGCUGUACCGUUACGAUGAAGAUGGCUACCAGUCGUACUGCACGGUUUGCUGCGCGGGCUUGGAGGUCAUCCUGUGUGGGAACGCCAGCUGCUGCAGAUGUUUCUGUAAGGACUGCCUGGACAUCCUGGUAGCCGAAGGAACCUUCGAUAAACUGAAAGACAUCGACCCCUGGAGCUGCUUCAUGUGCGAACCAUCGCAGUGUGACGGAAACCUCAAACUGAGACCAGACUGGAGCGUCAAAGUUCAGGAUUUAUUCACUAAUAACAGCGCCAUGGAGUUUGAGCCUCACAGGAUUUACCCAUCUAUCCCUGCUGAUCAACGAAAGCCACUCAAAGUGCUCUCGCUUUUUGAUGGGAUUGCAACAGGAUAUCUGGUGCUCAAAGACUUGGGCUUCAAGAUUGAAAGAUACAUCGCGUCUGAGAUCUGUGAUGACUCGAUUGUUGUGGGAAUGAUUAAACACGAGGGGAAGAUUGAAUAUGUGAACGACGUCCGCACCAUUACAAGAAAACAUCUGGCUGAAUGGGGUCCUUUUGACCUCCUGAUCGGAGGCAGUCCAUGCAACGACCUGUCCAUGGUCAACCCACUGAGAAAAGGACUCUUUGAGGGCACCGGGAGACUCUUUUUCGAGUUCUACCGCAUUUUGACCCUGUUGAAGCCAAAGGAGGAAGACAACCGUCCAUUCUUCUGGCUCUUUGAGAACGUGGUUUUGAUGAGCGCUCACGACAAAAUCGACAUCUGCAGGUUCCUGGAGUGCAACCCGGUGCUUGUUGAUGCAGUGAAAGUCAGUCCUGCUCACAGAGCGCGAUACUUCUGGGGAAACAUACCUGGAAUGAGCAGACCUCUGGCCACCUCUCUUGAUGAUAAAGUCACUCUGCAGGAUUGUUUGGAAGUUGGUCGGACAGCAAAGUUUGAUAAAGUUCGCACAAUCACAACGAAGUCUAACUCCAUAAGGCAAGGGAAGAUGGGGCCACUUCCUGUCUCCAUGAACGGAAAGGAGGACUACUUGUGGUGCACUGAAAUGGAACAGAUCUUUGGCUUUCCCAAACACUACACCGAUGUGAACAACAUGAGCCGGAUGCAAAGGCAGAAGGUUCUGGGUCGCUCCUGGAGCGUUCCUGUAAUUCGCCACUUAUUCGCGCCGCUGAAGGAUUAUUUUGAAUGUGAAUAGG